CUGGUUUAAUGAAUGUUCAUAAGUUUUUCUUGUCCUUUAAGGCAUCUCGCAUGUAAAUUGGCGUGGGAGUUUUAAGACACUGAACUUUCGGUUUUGUUUUCGCGAAAAAACGGAAUCUUCGAAGUAGAGUUGAUUUGGAGGGUUUUAACCUCGAUCAGAGCUGUACUGAGAUGUAAUAUCGGUGUACACUGAUGUAUCGCACCACAGCUUAAAGUGCCUUUCUAAUAAUUUAAUCUUUAAAAGCACUAUUGAAUAUCGUUGUUGUUUCAAGGGGGAAUUUAGAGAUCGUAAACACCCUCAUCGCGGGGAAUAUCAGAAACUGUAGUAUUUAAUCUUACAAGAAAAAUAAUACGAUGAUCCAGAUGAAGACAAUUCCGGCAGCUAGUUAUUUCCGUUCGUCAUCAGUGGUGAGAAGUUAGUUUUGAAAUUGUAAUUAAUCAGUGUAUUUCUUGAAUAUUGCUAUAUUUCGCCCGUAACUCGGAAGUGCGUGUUAAGGGUUGGAGAGAUUGCGUGCGUGAAAUUUUAUGGAAAUUUUCUCGUAAAGCUAAUAUAGCAGCCAUAAAGUUCGCGUGAAUUCAGGGAAUGUUUCCUUCAUUAAGGAUCUAUAUUUGCGCGCUUUUUUUGUUUAGAAGGAUUAUUGAAUGAAAAGCUUUCAAGGUAUCAUCGUACCGGCUUUCUGCUAGAUCUUGAGUCCUGAUAAUGUGAAAUCCGUGAGUUUCGUGUUUAUGUUUCACCUUGGGUUGUGCUACAUGCGUUGUAGUUGGUCAAAAUGUUCGAGUAUUGGGCCAAUGACGCGAAGUUAUGCUUCGGCUUACAAAGAAAGCUUUUCUAGAAAGUACCGUUUCAAUUUAUUUUCCCGAUCGGAAAUAGCUCUUCAAGUAUUAGUUUAUUUCACUUACUUUCCUUACAAAUAACCAACGCAGCGUGUCUCGCCUUGCGCUUGAAGAGAUGUUGUAUUCGAAUCAAUAUUCAUUCCCAAUUCCUGGUCGCUGCAAGUGUUAUGACAGAAAUUUUGGGUUUUUCGCUUAUUUAUCAAGUAACGUUCUUAAAACCUGUGUUAACAGGUGUUACCUACCAUUGCACUUAAUCUUCUCGAAAAACUGUGGAGAAAAGCAUUACAAAACAACAAUAAGAGGAAGGACUGUACCACUGGUGAAUUCUUUAGCAACGGCAAUUUACUCUGGGCACGAAACACAUCCUCUGCGAUUUUAGAGCAACUAAGGCAAACAGAAAUUAAGAGUAAUAGUCAUGCCUGGUUAGAAAUUUCAAGGUGAGAAUGCGAUAGAAAAAGAGCACAAGUGACUGUUGUACGUGUUUUUAAAAAAAAACCGUGGUUGUAUUUAUGCAAGAUUAAGGUGGAUAUGUGCCUAUUCUGGCAUCGGACCAGUUUUAGGCCAGUUCAGGUAAAUGAUGUGAUAAACAGAGACACUCGCCCUUCUCCUAUCUGUCAAAUUUUACUAACAUCAUCAGUGCCAGAAAGGCCAAUUAAAAUUUAAAAGCGUCGUUUGUGAGAAAACAGCUCGAGCUCGUCAUUAAGCGUUCUUUUCGUAGACGCGCCAACGUUGUUUAUUCUCAAAUAGCGGAGAGGGUAACUUCGUUGCCCGGGUUAAAACUCGUCUCUAGCGAGAAAACUGUUUUAGUCAGAAUUCACUCAAGCGUGGUAAUUAUUCCAAAGCCACGUGGCAUGUGGGCCAGCCCCCGUUUCUUCUUUCAGCCAAUCAGCUACCAGUAUUUGCCGGUAUCUUUAGUGACAUGUGACUAGACCCGGCUGGUUUUCUGCUCCCACUCACACUUACUCAAGAACAACAUUUCAUUGAUUCGUUCCCUAUGCAAGGGAAAACAUGGGCUCUCCCGAGCAUUUGGUGUGUUUUCACUGCACUGUCACAAGAUUGCCGUCAGGGGAAUCGGACGCCGAGGAGGAAACCAUCUCAGAGAUUUCGUGGGUUGUCGUCGACGUGAAAUCCAAUCAGCCUGGUUCCGUGCAUAGAUGUGUUGUGAAAUCGGGCCUGUCUGGAGCGAACGAAGCGUUAAAACAACCCACCAACAAAUCGCUUGUGACCAGUGAAGCUCAACAGCUCGGGGACGCGUUAGAAAAGUUUGACAACUUUGUUGAGAAGACAGUGACAUGUUCUGGGGAAAGAUGGAAUCUUGUGACAGAUGGACAAUUUCCAUUAAGACAUUACCUCCAUUUGGAAGCUAGUAGAAAGAAAACCAAAUUGUCUCAACAUUUCUACAGCUUUUAUGAUCUUAGGAAGGAAGUCAGAAAGGCACUGAAGCAUGAUUCAGACUAUAAAAGCCUUGAGGAAGUGGCCUCACAUUGUAGAAUCGAUGCUAAUAACAACAGUCCAGCGGGUCUGGAACACUGUAAACUCAUGGCAAGUGUGGUUCAGUAUCUUGUUACAGAAGGUCACAAAUUUAAGGAUCCAGAAAAGAUCAGUUCCAAGUAUGAGCCAGGAGCAUGGUAUGGUGCUUCUUUACGAACAAAAAAUCUUGGGCCUGUACUUGAUGAUACAAUCAUAAGAGCAAGGGGGCUUCCCUGGCAAGCAUCUGAUCAGGAUGUUGCAAAUUUCUUUAAAGGACUUAAUAUUGUAAGAGGUGGGAUAGCAUUUUGUUUAAAUGCACAAGGAAGAAGAAAUGGUGAAGCAUUCAUCAGGUUUGAGAAAGGGGAACACAGAGAAUUUGCAUUGAAAAGACACAAACAUCACCUUGGUACAAGAUACAUUGAGGUUUACAGAGCAACUGCACAAGAUUUCCUUAAGAUAGUGAAAGGUCCUGUUGAUGUCACCCAGAUUGCUGCUAACUUUGUAUCAAACAAAGCUGAGGUGAUCAUUAGAAUGAGAGGACUUCCAUUCAACUCAAAAGAGAGUGAUGUGAUUGAAUUUUUUGAGGAGGAUGCACCAGUUUUCAAAAGUGAUGAAGGAAUUCUCAUUGUUAGGAACAACUUUGGGAAGGCUACUGGAGAUGCAUUUGUUCUUUUUGAGACAGAGGAACAUGGCCAUGCAGCAUUGAGGAAGCACAGAUGCAUGCUUGGCUCCCGUUAUGUUGAGCUGUUCCGAAGUUCACAAAGUGAGGUUCAGCAAGUUCUAAACUCUUACAGCAAUCUCAUGCACAAUUUUCCACCAAUCAUGUUUCCACCCUUGCCACAUCAUCCUCCCUUUCACCCACCCUUCUUAAUUCCUGGGCUGGGUGUAAAUGGUAUGAAUACCAAAGACUGUCUGCGCUUACGAGGGUUGCCGUUCUCUGCAACAGUACAAGAUGUAUUAGACUUCCUAAAGGAACAUGCUGCAUUUGUAGUUCCUGGUGGAGUUCACAUGGUGUACAACACUCAGGGUCGCCCCUCUGGAGAUGCAUAUGUCCAGUUAGUAUCACCUGAAUGUGCAAAAUCUGCCACCACAGACUUGCACAGACAACACAUGGGAGAGCGAUACAUUGAAGUGUUUCCCUGCUCAGGAGUAGAUAUUGCUGCAAUUAUAACCAGCAGUACAAUGAACCAAAACAAGAUGACCUCACCCAAUAACACUCCCUACAGCCAUCCAUGUUCAUACCCCAUGACCAAUGGUGUGGUCACCAGCCCUAAUGGGACACAUAUGAAUGGACACACAGACACUGUUGGAGCUGCUACAUCAGCUUGUCGCAGUCCCACAGGAUUGUAUGUACCUCAUUCACCCACAUACUUCAACUGCAUUAUACCUCAAAAUGGCAUUGGUGGAGGGAAUGUGAGUUAUUAUCCACCUGCCAGUGCAAAUUUUAGGAUGCGCAUGUCACCAUAUUUGCCACAGCCCUAUGAAGUGAUGCCUCUCUUUCAAGGAUAUCAGAUCGCAGACUAUGGCAGGUAGUUCAAGCAGAUCACCUCUCUGGGAUCCUGCACAAAAUCAAAGCAAUCCUUAAUAGAAAAGACUGGUCCUGCUAUAUGAAAUGCUACUUGCAAAAGAUUAAAUUAGAGACAAGUUCUCAGAGCGAAACAGCUUUUGCUGCUGCUACUACUGCUGCUGAAGCAUUUGCAAUGUUUUUAGAUGCCUUCCUCUUAGUCAACAAGAAAAAAAAGUAUGACUUUAUCAUUCAGUACAUCUGAGUGAGGAAUCCAUAAUUAUUUUAGAUGUAAUGUACCUGUAAUUAUGCUGCUAACAUUCAAAACUGAUACAUUGAGUGAAAUUCAGUAUAAGAAUGUUCUAGACAUUUUUGAUGUGUCACCCUGAAAGACAGUGGUAGAAAUUUUCAUUCGACUAUGUGACCUGUGUACUACUUAUUAACAAUCAGAAUCAGGUGACUUGAUAAACACGAGUCAAAUCUUCUAAGAAACUUAGUUCAAAGGUCUGUUACUUAAACGGUAACACACCAAAAAUAAACAGAGAUAAAAAAAAUUAUGUAGUUCAUAAAAAUGCAAGCAAAAAUUUGUCAAGGAGAAGUAGAUGCCUUCAAAAUUUUUAUCAUCAGAUUGGAUGAAAAAGGAUAAUUUCUGACACCAGGUAGUUUUUAAAUAAGCCCAGCGUUUAAUUGCUGCAACAUGGAUUUCGUGCGAAGAUACCUUGACAAAUAGGAAAAAAAAAUACAAAGGAGAAAACAUACAAUACUAAUUGAAUUAUGAGAGUGAUAUUGUAUAAUUACAAUGAAUUGUAGAAAUAUGUUCAGAUACAAAUUUUAUUUAUUUUUUGCUGGAUACCCAGACUCCAGCUCAAAAUACAAUCUUUUUAGCCUCGAUACAUGGGAGAUAAUACUCCUUAACCUCUGAUGCACACAAAAUCCCAACGUCAGUGGUAAACAGUGCAAUAUCUUUUUGCAUUGUGUAAUGAUUCUGACAAAAUUGUCAAUGCAUCAAGUCACUGAAAGAUGUCAGAAGAAUUAAAUACUGAGGCAGAAAGGCUUAUUUGGCUGUCAGUGAAAUGCUGUAAAUUAGAGCAUGAUGUACCCUGACUGUACAUUAAUGUAAUUAGUAUCAAUUUAUGCUUGAUAGAUAAUCUCGUUCAAUUUAGUUUUUAGAACUUUUUAUACUAGUAACCAGUCUUAGUCAAUGAAACAUGAAUUUGCCAUGGGCUUGUUGUAAAUUGUAAUUGAAAAGUUUGAUUGACUGAAUAUUUAUGUUAAUUCCACAAUCUAACUUGUGGAGGACUUUAACCAUUCACACUUUGAAACAAAUGUUCAAAAUCUUCAACAUGAGCUGAAAGUUUGUUUCAGAACAAGUUGGUAGAUAUCAUCAUUGUUUUAAUGUAUUGAAAUUUGAUUAUUAGUAUGUAUUUGUCAUAGUAACCGUCCAAACAAGUGUGUAUUUUCAGGAAAAAACAUAAUUUAGUUCUCAGCGCUUAAAAUGUAAAUGGUUGAAUCCUAUAAUUAACAUCAGUUGAAAGUGGAUAGUGUUAUAAUCGGUGAUGACAAAGGGCAAAGUUGCUGGUUAAAAUUAAUCAUUCUGAUACAAGGCUGGAUCAAAUUUGCAAACCAAUUUUUUCAACAUUUAUUUGUCUCUAAACGUGCAAUAUUUAUGGGCAUAGUGUUCAAAACUAGCCAUAUUGUUUUUAUUUACAUGACAACUAAUUAUGUAUGACAAAUAAUUGUUAAUAGCCAGUCAAUGCAAGAGACGCUGCUCUAAAAAGAGUCUUACAACCAGUACUUGUCACUCAGAGCACAUCUAAAAAUAUAUGAAUUACAAAUAAAAAUAUUAUUUUAACCAAGAGAAGCUUAACUAAGCCAGGAUAGACCACUUAAUAAAUGACAUUUAUAACACAUAAGGCAAAGCCAGAGCAUAAUUAAAUUAUCACCAUUAAUAAAGUUGCUCUAAUUAUAUUUUCCGAAUGUGUUAGUGGUAUGUGUGAAUACAUGCCACUGUCGGUAAAAUUAUUUCUUGAAUGUUUAUGAAUUGUCAUCAUGUUGUUACCAAUAAUAUCUCAUUUAACAAUCUGGACUUGUUAGACAGUGAAAUAUGCCAUAACUUGAAAACGUUCUGAUCCAUUUACCUUAUUUAUCCUUGAUAGAACAAGAAUUGUUUAUGGCAGUGCCAUGAAUAAGUGCAAGACACUAACACUCAUUAUAACAAUCUUUGUCUUGUUUUUUUUUUUAGACUGGUUAUUCUUAAUGUGAUAUUUUUGGUAACAGAGAGACUAAAAUACAGAUAAUUAUUUUAGCUAUAUUUUUAAACAUACUAAAAUAAAUAACCGAACUCCAGUGUAAAAUAGAAGAAAACUUGUUGGUGUUUUUCUUACAGAUACAGUCAUUUUAGUCACACAUCUUUUCAUGUUCUUUUUUCUAUGUAUGAUUUUUACCUUAAUCAAAAACAUGCAUAGCUCAGUAAAUUGUACUUGUAACCUGGAAAUGACUGUACUUUCUUGAAAAUAAAAAAGUGAAUCUUGUUACAUGGCAAGAUUCUGAUUUGAAAUGA